CAGGUGACAGGAAGCACUUGAAGGUGAUCAUAACAGUGCCGGUUUCGCUAACAGUAUUUAUGUCUGGUGGCUCAUGUGCUAUCUAAUCUGGAGAAAGCUCAAACAAAAGGGAGAGGAAGAUUCAAGUGAGGACUUAUUAUUAUUUGAUUUUAGUGCUAGUGCUAAUGCAGCUGCUGAGACAAACAUUGGAAAUAAUCUAUCGAGAACUGGGAAGAAGGAUGUUGAGUUGCCAUUGUUUAGCUUUGCGAGUGUCUCUACCGCAACGGGUAACUUCUCCAUAGCAAAUAAGCUCGGAGAGGGAGGUUUUGGACCUGUUUACAAGGGUAAAUUAGUCAAGGGACAAGAAAUAGCUGUGAAAAGGCUUUCGGGAAGAUCUGGACAAGGGCUCCAGGAGUUCAAAAAUGAGACAAUAUUGAUAGCCAAACUCCAGCAUCAGAAUCUUGUUAAACUCUUGGGUUGCUGCAUUGAGCCAGAUGAAAGCAUAUUAAUCUACGAAUAUAUGCCCAAUAAAAGUUUGGAUUUCUUCCUAUUUGAUCCAAACCAACAAGGAAUAUUAGAUUGGACGACACGCAUUCGCAUCAUUGAAGGGAUUGCUCAAGGACUUCUUUACCUACAUCAAUAUUCAAGGCUUCGAAUAAUUCAUAGAGAUCUAAAGGCCAGUAAUAUUUUGUUAGAUAGUGAAAUGAAACUCAAAAUAUCAGAUUUUGGCAUGGCAACAAUUUUUGGUGUUAAUGAAUCACAAACAAGCACAAACCGUAUUGUUGGAACUUAUGGGUAUAUGUCUCCUGAAUAUGCAAUGCAAGAUCUUUUCUCCAUAAAAUCUGAUGUGUUUAGCUUCGGAGUAUUGUUGCUUGAGAUUGUGAGUGGGAAGAAAAAUACUAUUUUUCAUCACAAUGACUCUCUUCACCUCCUUGGAUAUGCAUGGGAGUUGCAUAGUGCUGAUAGAGGGAUGGAGUUGAUGGACCCAAUAUUGGGUAAUGCUGCCUCUGCUACUACAUUCUUGAGAUAUAUUAACAUAGGUCUUCUAUGUGUCCAAGGAAAUGCUCAAGACCGACCUACCAUAUCUGACGUUGUCUCAAUGCUUAGCAAUGAAUAUUCAGUUCUACCACUAACCAAGGAACCUGCAUUUUUUACUUGCCGAAGUGUGAUGAACACAAAUCCGUCACUUAGUAAUGUUGAAAACUGUUCAGUAAAUAAUGUAACACUUUCAAUUAUUGAGGCCAGAUGACAAUCUCAUAUCAUAUUCUAAGACAUUUUUUUUUUUUU